GAAAAAUCUUUUCAGCCAGUAACGUUCUGAGUUUUUCGAUUUUAAACGUAAUGGCGGUAACGACUUUUUCUUGUUUUGUUUAGUUCGGAAAGUUCUUUAAAGUGGCCUUUUCAGAUCAUAUGAAAUAAUGCCAGUUAAACGAGGAAGAAAAAGGAAAGUGAAAUCCAAAUCCCUUGCAAAGGAUGAUAAACAGUUAAAAGAGAAAGAAAUUAAUAUAAUUUGUUCAGAAAUAGAUCGGCAAGUAGAGAGACGUGUGAAAAGUAUGAUUGAUGCUCAUGAAACUGUGGCUACAUCCAUCCGUUCAAUAUAUAUCAGAGAAAUUUCAAGCUAUACUAAGAAAGUGAAAGCAAUGACUGUAAAAGAAUUUUUUAAUCAAGGUGGAAAGAAAAGUUUAAAUUUAAAUAGUGUCAAAGAAGAGAUUCAGAAUCUUUCUAAUAAUGUCUCAUCUGUUCUUAGAAAGAAAGAAGAAGAAGUUAAGGGUACAUGUUCAGUGGCCAAAUCUAAGAGAGUUAGAAAGGUCACAAGGAAGACUUCUAUUAAAACUAAAAGCAUUACAAAAUCUCAAACACGUUCAAACAAUCCCUUUUCUACUCCAUUAAAUUCUAGGGCAGUUUUUCAGCCGAUUACACCUAAAUUUGAUCCCAGUUUGCCGACGCCGCAUGCGAGGAAGCCUCGUUUCGGAGAAGUUUUUCUUUCACUAGCCGGAAGUCCAGUAACAAUGCAAUCACAGAGCAUGGAAAAUAAGAGCGAUGUGGUCAUUUCUGUAGAGAGUGGCAAGAUGAUCAUGAGUCUUCCAGAAAAAAUGGAUGAAGUUCAACUAGAUGACACAACUAAAGACAGUUUGAUGAAAGUAAAAAAUAAAUUAGAUAAAUUGCUUCAGUGUUAAUUAAAAACAUCAUGAAUAUUUUUAUUCAUAUUUU